AGGUCGUGCAAGUCUAGUGCAAGUCCAACUUAAUCCAACUUGUUGUGAUAGUUUUAGGUUAUGUUUUCUUUUGAAUAAAAAUGGGUGUUAAAACUUACAAUAGUAAUAUUGUAGAUUGCAAAUAUAAUUUCCAAAGAAAGUCGUGUAGAAGUAUCAUAGAACGUCAACCUGUAUUUUCUCCAGAUGGACUAUCAGUUCUUGUUAUAGUGGAGAAUGUGAUACGAGUAUACAAUAUCCAAACAUGCGACUGUGUAAGAACACUUGAAACUGAAUCAAAAGUCAAUGAAAUUGUUAAUAUAGAAUUCCCAGACAAUGAAGAUUAUAAUUUAUAUGGAUGUUCAGAUAAUGGAUGUGUUACAACUUGGACAUGGGAAAAAGGAGCUGUUCUUAGAGAAACCAAUCUUAAACUGCCGCCCAAUACCAGGGUAGUUACUUUCAACAUGAUCGACAAUUCAAAAUGCUUUAUAACAGCUAUGCGGACUUCUUCCAUACAACUUCACCUGGGUACAUACUCGUUAAAAACUGGGGAUUUGUUAAUGGAGUACACACAUAGAGAAGUGAAAUACAAUGAGAUGAUCCGUGUGGCUAUUGGUUGGUGCUAUGGUUAUAGAUUUGCAGCUAUAAUAAAUGGUACAAAAAUACUUACUAUACAAAACCUAGAUCAACCUCAUGUUGUCACAUAUCUUACAAACUCCAAUCAGAUUCGGAUAUUAGGGAUUGCGGCUCACCAUAAGGAGAAUGCUGUAGCCAUCUCGGAUGCUCUGGGCAGAGUGACAGUCAUGCGAGGCAAUCUUUUCGAUUACUCUCAGGUUGCUAAAGAACAAAUGCAUUGGCAUUAUCUGCCAGUGUUUGCAGUUUGCUUUUCGAAGCAAGGUAGUUAUCUAUAUUCCGGUGGCAUGGAAGAAGUAUUAAUUAAGUGGACUCUCGGUCACCUGGCAAAUAAAUCUGAUGAAAAGGAGUUCAUCCCUAGGAUCCCUGGGAUUAUAAGAUUCAUAACUGUAAAUAACACACACGUGGCAGUUACUCUCUCAAAUAAUUCUGUGGUGAUAGCAUCGACUCAGUUACGAGUUGUGUCCACGAUAUUGGAAUGCGGCGGCCUGUCACCGGCGGCUCGUGCCAUCGGCACUUCGUUCGUGUACCACCGCCCCUCGGCCGCCUUGCUGAUGGGGGGCCGUACUGGACAUCUGCAGGUGUAUUCCACAACGACCAACAAAGUGCUCUACAAUAUUGACGUGACCCAGGUAAACAAAAUUUCAGCUCAACGAGAGAACCUAAUGCCCUUAGAAACCGAAAUAACAUGCGCGGCGGUGAAUCGCGACGGUCAGUGGCUAGUCACUUCCGAAUACAGAAACGAUGGGCUAAUGUACCCCGAAGAGAAACUAAAAUUCUGGUCCUUCAGCGGAAAGCACGGGCCUUCAUUCACACUUAAUACAUGCGUCAAUCUUUCCCAUGGAGGCUGCAAUGUUGUAUCUUUAGCGUUAGACAAUAGAGGAGAAUUUUGCGUGUCUGCAGGCGCGGACCAAAAGUUCAGGAUAUGGAAAAGAGAAUCGCAUAAAACAACAGAAGGAAAGAGAGUUGCAUGGAGUUGCCUCACGGCGUGUUACUAUUCAUCCGGUAUCGCACAGUUUACAUCGAAUGAUGCUUUUAAUAAAUUUAAAGUAGGAGACAUUCAAUCUUCUACUGAUAGCCCAAGGUAUAUGACAGUGAAUGAUAACAAUGAUGUUGUUAGAAAGAUAUUUAGGGCACACAAAGAGAUCGUGGGUGCUAGAAGUGUCGAUCCAGGGAUGAAGAGUAAUAAGGAUCUAGAUAUGGGCGGCGUGGCUAUAUCGCAGGAUGCGUCGUUGAUCGCUGCCUGGUUCGGAUGCAAGUUGACAUUGUGGGACACACAUUUGUGCACAUUAAGAACAGUGCUGUCGCAUCCCGCGUUGCGUCCGAAAGGGAAACAAGUCAAGUUUGGCAGUUCUGACGCGGCACAUUAUUUGGUGUGCACGACAGACACUGUCUUGGCCGUGUGGAGUUUGUUGUCUUUGUCUAUUAAAUGGCUGGUGCAAACACAUCCCACAUGCCUCACCUCGGAUCCUUUUUCAAACAAAAUGGCGGUCACCACAACAAACAAUGAUGUUUACGUAUUCACCCCGCAUAGUUCCGUUCCAGUGCUGAACCGCAAAGCUUUGUUAGACCCCAAGACAGGCGUCUUCAAACUAUGUACUUUUGGAGCGUCUUCAGGGGAUGAUAUCAGAUUGUACCUUAUGAGAAAUGAUACGGAGAUCUACAGCCUAGAGCCAGAGAAGACAGAAGAGGACAGUUUGGAAGUGAUAUCUAGACGCAACCUUCCCACUUCCAACUUCGGAGCAUUACUCGCUGAGACACAGCUGUCGGGCGUGAGGCAGGCGGUGCCGGUUAGCACUGAUGCUGAACAGGACACUGCGAAUACGUCUGUAUUACAAUUCCUCGCAGCUUCUCCACACAUGGUACCCCCAGUUAGCCUGCUCUGCACCUCUUUCUUACAACAAAUGUCAGGUCAAACUCAAGAGGUAGAAGACCAAACAGAAGAACAAGGCGAUAAAGCUCGAGAAGAACCGGAUUCCAGUGAUGAAGAAGGUGCUCUCAAAGAGCGUGACGUCCCCAAAGUCGAACAAUUCUGGACACCAAGUUACGAAAACGUGAAAGAAAAGAAACUAAUCAAAAUAUUAAAAGAACCAUUCUUAGACUUGCACACGACAUCGACAAUAUGUGGAUUGUAAUAAUAAAUUUAUAUUUUAAUACA